AAAAAGAGAGAGAAGAACGUGAGACACGUCGAAGGAGAAGAGGAGGAGAAGGAGGAAAGACAGGCGGAGAGGCAAGAGUGCCUAAAAAUCUGGCGGCGUGGAGGAGGCAACAAACCCACCAAACCACCACAAACCCCCCCACCCCGCACGCCAGGGCCCGCCCGUCAUACGCACCGCGCGCCGGGCCGGGCCCCACCUGUCAUCCGCCCCACGCGGCGCCCCCUCAUCCCCGCGCGCGCCGCGCCACGUGGCGGCACGGGGCGCCCCGCCCCCGCCCCGCUGCGCUUCCUCGCUAUUAAACCAAAACAGCCGGGCCAAUCCUCCGCCUCCUCCCCUGCUCUCGCCAUCGCCCGCCCGCCCGCACGCCCGCGCAGAACCCACCCAAGACCCGGCCCCUCGCUCGCUCGCUCGCCGAGAUCCAUGGCGGCCGCGGCGCGGGAGGGGGAGUUCAGCGAGCGUGAGCUCGAGGUGGCCGCCAUUCUCGCGGACCUGCCGUCCAUCGUGCGGGCCUGCAACCGCCGCCGCCGCCAGCAGGAGAAGCAGCAGCAGCAGGCGCGGCCGGAGAUCCCCUCGUGGGGCCGGCGCCGGCCGCGGAGGGCCGUUGCGGCGGCGCCGGCCGAGAAGCCCGCGGCGGCCGGUGAUGACGGCAGGAGCGAGGGCGUCGCCAGCCCGGACACCCCGCUCGCCUUCCCCGAGGACGACGAGCACGCCGAGGCCGCCGCCGCGGCGGCCACGGAGGACGCGGCCAAGGCCUGCGCGCAGGACAAGUGGGCGCAGGAGCAGCGCGGCGUGGUCGCGAGCUUGUCCCACGAGAACGCCCGUCUCCUGAAGCAAAUCGAGGACUUCAGGGCCCGGCUGCACACCUCGCGGAGCACCAACGACAGCCUCAAGCAGAUUCACCAGAGCAAGCACAAGAAGCGGCACCGGCCGGAGGAGGAGGAGGAGGGGCAGCGGAGAUGGAAGCUUCAGCCGCGCGCCGCCGACCGGCCGGCGCUGGACCUCAACGAGCCGGCGGAGGCCGACGCCGAGGAGGGCAGGCCGCCGCAGACCGCCGCUCUGGCGGCGGCGCCGUGGGUCCACCGAGGGCACCACCACCAGAACCAGCAGCAGCAGCUGAUGCAGAUGCAGCACAAGGCGGCGCGGCGGCGGCGGCAGGAGAUCCGGCGGGCCAAGGCCGCGGCGGGCAGGGCGCGGCGGCAAGGAUAAGGAUAGGGCGCGGCGGGGCCACAACAACGGCCAGCGCGCAAAGUCGAGAUUUUUUUCCAGUUGAGGCGUGCUGGUGGCGGCACCCCCGUGCUGGAUCAAGAGUGCGACGCCAUUUUGGUUGGGCUUGGAAUUUUGCGAGGUGGAUUUUCCAUGGACGAGCUGCGCGAGGUCGUGCCGGUGGUAGUAUACUAGUAGUAUAGUGGUGGUAGAACUCCAGCUAAGUUGUAUCGUCUGUUGGCAAUUAGCCAACAUUAUUAAUUUUAAAUUACAAUAAAAAAAUAGUACAUUACAUUCA